AUGACGAUGGAUCGGCCUUUAGUAUCCUCUGCCUUUCUUGGUAGCAUGCUGGAGGGUGGUCUUACUCUUAGCCGCGUUAAGGCUGCUCGUAGCCGCGUCCGAUCACUCUGCUGUGAGCGUCGUUCUGAAUCUCGUUUUGAAGAACGUAAUCUUCUUCACAAGUGCAUCAACAACAAGGACGCCAACAAGAAGAACUACUGCAGGAGCAACUACAACAACAGGAACCCCGACAAGAAGAUCACCAACUGCAAGAAGAUCACCAACUACAAGAAGAUCUCGUGGUGGGGAUGCUCCUAUAGCAUUUACUUGCUUGCGAUAUCAUUGUUCGACAUUGGAGGCGCAGGGGCCUUGAAUCGGGAGAAGCACAAAAAGGAGAACACGAGGAUCAGCGCUUAUGGUUGUAUUGAUUGAUUGGAUUGCUUGAUAGUCUGACUGAUUGAUGGCUGUAUUGAUUGAUUGUUGUAUUGGUUGACUGUAUUUAUUGAUAGACUGAACAAGAGGUCCAUAGACAGCCGCAGCCAAUUUGCGCUGGAGGUUUCAGCAAUGGUAGUCAUACUCGGCAGUCUUUAUCUUUAUCAUCUAGUCGGGAUCUUUAUGGUUUGUGUCGUGUACACCUGUAGGAAUCUUACCAGAGGCGUGGAUGAAAGAAAGUAUAAAGGUCGAUGAAGUCAAGGUGUCAAAAAAAGCAUCAUGUUACUUUUUGCAGCUAUUAGUUAAGACAGCUCCUGCUACUCAGGACAGCUGCAUUUGCUUGAUGCAGUUUUUACUACUAUGGCAAGGACGAAAAAAAAUGUAACGAGGUCCGAUCCUUGCCAUCAAGGCGAAGAGGAAAAGCCCCCACCCCGUCUUGCGGGUUUCUUUCAAGAGGCUGAAGGCCCCUCUCAGGAAGUUCGCGGCCUCUUCAGGAGCGUACCCCUCUAGUUGGUCUACUUACUAUAUAUCAGUCGUGGCCCGCUAUAGUUGUAUCUACUUAUGUUGGACCACAAGAGCACAGGCCUCCGCGCCAGGUUCGUUUCUCAGUGGAAACACAAGCAAAGCCGGAAUCUUGAAAGCAAGCAAAUCUCUGUAGACCAGCCUGUGACUUAUGGCCACUGUCUGGCGUAGUCCCUGUUUGGUUCAUUGGGUAAGAUGAAUCAUACAUCAUCAGCAUAAGCAUGCCAGAAGGGACCGGACUGAACAUGCACCACACGACUAGGAUCAGCACAACCGUGCCUAGUCUAUGCGUUGAUCAUUAUGGUUAUGCGUUGGAAGUAGCACUCAUGAUCAUUGGCAUUCGUGUCCUGUGAGAUCAUCCCGAUGACAGUCGAGCGCGAGGCUUUGUGUGAGCCACUGAGAACAGAACAACACGACAGCCGAGAGGCUUGAGCCAUACAUGACCAACACCCCGACCCCUCCUCAAUUGAUGCGGGCCGAAGUCCGUCUCACGUGACAGCCUCACUGUGUGUCAAGUCACGGCAAUCACAUCUCUUGUCUAGUGUUGAGUUUUAGCCCUAACUUGGCUACGGUAUGCUAGAAACCGAAGUAAACCGAAUGUAAUGCGCUAUAGUAAGCUAAAUCGUCCUCAUCUGUUUCAUCAUCAGAGGAAUCACAGUUAUCUUCUCUACUCUUAGUCAUCGGGUUAGCUACGUGGUGUAGUAUAAGUCUACGCUGAGUGGCACUGCGGGUUAGUUUCGAAAGUGGGUCUGCCUUCAUCAAGUUGGUAGGACAGAGCACGAUCCUACUAGCAGCGUCGCGCACUCUUAGGUAACGUAGAGCAUAGUGUCUACUUUUAGGGCGAGCGUCUGUAGCUUUGGCUGUUGUGGUCGCAGACUGGUUGCCUAUCCACAAUGCAGCAUUGUCUAAGGAGGGCGACAAGCCGUUCCGUGUGUGUACCAACUGAGUUGGAAGGGGCCUGUAGAAGUCUGUAAAGUCAUGCAUCUCAAUGAGGACUAUUGUGUCAGAGGCUGCAAUAUACUCACUUUCGGCCGUAGAGUAGGCUCUAACAGUUUGUCUGUUGCUCCUCCAUGCUAUGGGUGUACCUUUAUAGUACAUUAUAGUACAUUAUGGAUCCACUUGUGCUUCUCAUUGUUUUGAUGCAGUUGGCGAAACCAGCAUCACUGAAUAUGUUUACUUCUGGCAUGUCUCUGCCUUCUGGUAGAAGUUUCUCAUAUAUUUUGUUGAAUUCUUCUUCCUUUUCUGGUGGGUAUUCUACUCCUUGGCCUUUUGUUGACGCCAGAUAUUUCAGGAUGGACUUUCUUGGCUGCUUUGGCCAUUCUUGUUGGCGUGGGUUUACUGACAUGUCUAGCCAACGCUGCUACCGGUGCAGAAAUAUCCGGGCGCGCGGCUACAGCUACCCAUAGUAAGGCACCAACUACCUCACGAAAGGGAUACCCGUCAACUAUCUUCAUAUCGUCUUCGAGGAAAGUUGUUUCGUCAAAAUUGGGCGAGUAAACCGGUUUCCCUAGUUGAGCUUCAUACUUCUUAGCAAUUUUAUCGAUGUACUGCUCCGCGCACAGUCUGAACGGCUUAGCUUCACGGCCAUAGUACACGGCCGCACCUAAGAAGUCGAACUUUAGCCAUUCGAGGCCCCACGGGGUUGGAACUGACUCGACUUCAAUCGCACGGCCUGGGGCACGUGUGGAAAUGGGGUCUAGUUCGGUCUUGGGCUCAUCUUGGUCAGGACCUGUAGCAAGAUUGUCAUCUACAUAGACAGACAUCUUCAGAAACUUCCCGGGUGCUUUGCUGCUCGGUUUGCGCCACAAUCCAGGCGCAGAAGUACACGGCUCCCAACCAAGACUGGCAAGAGUCUCGUGAUACUUCUUGAGCCAUGCUCGUGGUGCAUCCUUCAAGCCGUAUAGAGCUUUCUUGAGCUUCACGACCUCGCAUCCAUGCUGCUUCGCCCAGAUGGGUGGAAGACGGCAGUAGACAUCUCGAUCGAGUUCGGCAUUGAGGAACGCUGAAUCUAAAUCGAACGGGAUCACAUAGCCCCCCUCUGACGCAGCAGAAGCGAGGAGCAACCUAUUAGCAGCAUGCGACACCACGGGAGCAAAGGUGUUUAGCUCUCCUGAACGAUCUAAAUUACCGAGCACACAGGCUCUUGCCUUGUAUUUUCCGCGUCUCUUUCUUGUUAAUAUGAUGGCAAUCGGGAGAGCCCGUGACGCGGUUGCUAGCUGCUCGUCAGUAGCUUCUUCCCACGUUUUAAAGGCUAGUAGUCUCGCGUGCUCAAUGUCUAUGACAUCCCUCCACUUUUCAGCUUCAGGACUCUUCAACGCAUUGGCUACGGACAAUAUCACACGUGAUUCGGCGACUUCCUCAUCUUCGUCUAUCUCACACGUGCCACCCAUAGCACUUGCGAACAGCGCCAAACUCUUUCUGAGUUCUUCCGUCUGUUUCUUUGUUCUACGAAUCCUUCCUCCAGCCUUAUCCUUGGCUCCUUUCGGACGUCCGCGCUUCUUGCCGUGUGUAUGGCGUUCGCCUGCCACAACGCGUGCGGGAGAUAGCGCUUUCGAUCUGAUCGGACUUCUAGGUGAGUCAGAGACUCGAUCCUUCGCUUCAACUUUCCCCUCCUCAAGUGAAACACCUUUAGGAGAGUCAGCCACGUCGGACUCGGCCUUCUCGUCUAAGGUUUCAGCAUAUAGUUCCUCGGGAAUACCGGUCGGCCCACCUGGGGUGCGCUUCGUGCCAGAGAACCCCGAUUGCUGAUCCAGCCUUUGCACUGACUGCCCAAUCAAGGGGGAGCCCAGCGACGACGCUCCACACUGCAAGUCUUCCAGUUCAUCGCACUCAUAGUAAAGGCCCUUUUUAUCUGGCAUUAGCCAGUCUAUGUCCUUUAUUAGGUAAUCCUCUCUGAACUUGACAUCUAGGGUAGAGUAUUCCGCCCAUCGAUAUCCAAGCUUGCAACGAUCGCCAUGAGCGAAAGUAGCAACCAACCAACCAGACGACUUCGGACAGAGUCCAAGGAAGACGCCGCGGCGAUAUUUGGCCGAGGGAGAGCUUGGGUUCAGGAGUGUUGGCUCGGAUUUGUUCACGAAAGUAAACAAGACAACCAAAGCGGCGGAGCGUGCCGAUUUUGCUUUUGGAAGAAUUUCUACCAGUUCUUUCAUCUAGAGUCUCUAUUGGACCCUUUCCGUCGUGUUCUGGCAUUUUAGCGUAAUUAUGCGGAAGACGAUCCCAGCACUCACUAGCGUACUCAACACAGUAACACCAAAGACGUCGGUCAACCUUCGUUAGCAUUGAUCUCACGCUGCCAAACAAGGCCCGCAUAAAGCGUCCAGCAGUCCCAUUCAUUUUCGGACUAUAAGGAGCAGCCGGAUUGUCUGAGACCCGCAGCGAUUGCAUGAGUUUGGUCAUGUCAUCACUACCGAGGACUGGUUCUCCAUCCCUCCGGAUGGACCCUACUACCUUGUCAUCUAGCGGUAAGGAGUAGUCCCGUCGGAUGCCUUUUAUGACUUGUUCUAUUUCCUCCACGCAGUCACUCUUGGGCUUCAGCGGUCGACGAGGCGCCUUCUCAAUUACGUCACAUAUGACAACUAGAACGCAUCUCAUAGAUCUUACUGAGACAGGUUUUAUUCCUACAGCAAAGCCUAGUGCGAGUAGUUUGAGGGGUUCGGGUUUGUAGGUGGUCACGUCUCUAGAUUUUGCGUGGGAUUUUCGUUGUCCUUUAGCUUUAUGUAGGUCACAUUCAGGGCAGCUAACUUGUAGGCCGUCUAUGUGAAAGUGUCCACAUCUUCUGUGUAGUUCUAAUCUCGUAAGAUAGCAACUAGAGACACCUUCUUCAAUUGAUGCGCAGAUCAAACCAGUGCCAGUUUUGUCUUCAAAGAAACUGCAUGUGAGUGCGGGUGGCUGCAAGCGUGGGUGAGCUCUGAUGGGUAGCACCUGGCCGGUGUCCGUGUGCACGAUACAACCACCAGCGCCUUUGAGAUUGAACUCCCACCCUAAUUGCGAGCAGUUUCCGUCUCCUAACCAUGGCAAUGCGCGAUCUAUGUUUCCAGGUAGGGAAUCAUAGUAAACUCCGUUCCUUAGUCCAAAUGUGUUGUUCUUGAGUUUUCCGAUUCUUCCGUCUUUAGUGCCUGCGCUACCUGUUAUUCUGCAAAUGUUGUUACCAAUUUCAUCGAAAUCGUCUGUGUGUCGUGGAAGAUAUUUGUUUGCACAGCUAUCGACUAGAGCUGCGUCUUCUGAUGUUCUAGCGUUCAAUGUUGUGAAACUAUAUCCGUCGGGAUUGUAACUAUCAGCAUGAUUAUCAACAUGCGACAUGUGGACAAUGCCGCUUGGAUUGCCCUUUCUGCCUUUGCCUCGAGUACUACUAGAAGAGGCUCCGGUAGUCCAGCUUCCCUGUCCCUGUUGAAGGGCUUGUGUGUUAUGCCAGCACUCGGAGGACUUGCGUCCAACCUUGUGACAGCAAGCACAGCGGGGUGGAUAGGUAUUUUCAUUUCCUUUCCCUUUAUCUUUCUUCGGCUUUUGUCCGCCGUUUUUCUCUCCUUUGGGUUGGUACCCGUAGGAAUUGUAGACCUCGGCGAUUGCCUUCUUCUUUUCUUUCUGCUUGAAACGCUUGAGGGCGUUAGCGGAAAUGAAGGUCUUACCAUCUGCCUUAUUGGCCUCUACCUCGCCAUCGUCCUCAUUCUUAUCAUCACGAGGACGCUUGUUCGAGGUUUCCUGAACAUUGACCGGAAACGCUUUCCCGAAGGGGUCGCGUCGUUCUCAAUUUUGUAGGUUCCCUCCUCGAUCAACGUUGUGAGACGUUUCUCAAGUCGGUCUCCAAUUUGGUCAAAUGUCAGGCCAUCUUCUUCGUGCAUCCGCUCGAUGGUCGCUUUGAAGUUCUUGCAGAACAACUCGGGCAACUUCUGCAGGAUCGCUCCGUUCUGUUGAUCAGCUUCGGGCAGAUCUGCAUCCGGCGGGAAGACGGUGGGCGAUUGGUUCAUGAUGUCGCGGAUCUUUGAGAGGAACUCCUUGACAUCAGCAGGCUGGUCGCUGUUGUGGAACUUCGUCAGUCCCUCCGACAACGGCUUGACCUUCAUGCGCUGCUCCUGGCGAUUGUUCGCGUUGAAGUUCCCUUGAUCACGAAGUAGGGCAACAACUUCACCAGCAUCCAUUUCGUCCACCGCGCCAUCAUUAUUCCGAUUGUCGACGAACGACCUGGCCGCACCUUUCAGACUUCGAGUGAUUGCGUCUUUCAGGUUGCGCCACUUCUGGCGGAUCGCGUCUUCGCGAAUGGUGUUACCUUGUGGCACACCAUGUGGAACGGCCGGCGCGUUGACUCCAUUCGUGUAGUUCUCAAGUAAGCCUAGGCGGCUAGCUUCUGGACGUGCGGCUCGUUGCCACUCGCGCCGGUCGGAUUUCUGUCCCAACUUCUUGAGGAUCUCCUUGGCCUCGCAGGACAUUUUGAUGGAUUUAUUUAUUUUUACUACACUACUUCCAAACUUAUUGUUACCUUUGCGUUUGCCGCUCAAGGGUUAGACCAGUGUUGGACCACAAGAGCACAGGCCUCCGCGCCAGGUUCGUUUCUCAGUGGAGACACAAAGUCGGAAUCUUGAAAGCAAGCAAAUCUCUGUAGACCAGCCUGUGACUUAUGGUCACUGUCUGGCGUAGUCCCUGUUUGGUUCAUUGGGUAAGAUGAAUCAUACAUCAUCAGCAUAAGCAUGCCAGAAGGGACCGGACUGAACAUGCAUCACAUGACUAGGAUCAGUACAGCCGUGCCUAGUCUAUGAUUAUGAAUUGGAAGUAGCAUCCAUGAUCAUUGGCCUUCGUGUCCUGUGAGAUCAUCCCGAUGACAGUCGAGCGCGAGGCUUUGUGUGAGCCACUGAGAACAGAACAACACGACAUCCGAGAGGCUUGGGCCAUACAUGACCAACAACUUACCAUAUAUAUGUCGGCUAAGUUCUAGACUUAACAUAGUUGAGUGGGCAACUUGCUUCGGGUGUGUCUGCGUGUGCAGGGAGUAGGAGUAAAAAAAACAAGACCCAAGAGGUUACACUACCAUACCUAGGAGACGACGCGCCUCUUCUAGCUCUCUUGCCUCCCUCGUAUUUUAUCACAUUGACGCCCCUUGCUUUUUUCGUGUUUCUUUCUUUCUCUUUUAGAUAGUGGAGGGCAGGCUGAACUCACUUAACAGCAGUGAGCACCAACUAAACUCCCCGAGAGCUGCGCUGAUUGUACGGUCUUAUGCGCCCCCAGUAUGUAACUUGGAUGAUCUUAUAUAGGUUAAUUAAUUGAUUGAAAGGGUGGUGGCAUAUAGUCCUAACGCAAAAAAAAAAAGAAGCUGGUCCGAGGACUGGGGUGAGAAACAGGGAGACCCGGCUUGAAUUGAAUAGAUAGGGUUCUUCUACCACAGUGGCUCGAUCUCGACAGAUAAGCGAGUAGCCCACGGGGCUAGUCACUGUCUAGCUGUCCUACAUCGGCUUCAAGCAUAAGGGGUUGGUAGUUUAUUCAACUCAUACCGUGCCUAAUUCAGGAUUGUAAUUAUUUAGUUAGUAAAAAAGUAUUCAUGGCUAAAAAAGUAUGAUUAAUGGCUAAUACUCGCAUACUCUAAUCUAAAUACUCUAACGAGCCCAGCUCUUAUCGAUUAAUACAUACUCUAAUGCAACCAGGACGAGAACCUUCCGCAAGGCGGUGAUACUGUUGUUCUCGGUGAAACGACGUCAACAUCCGCCUGGAAGUACAAAGUCAGCACCGUGACUACUUGUGAGGGCGUCGUGGGUUUUCUUCGCGGCGCAGGUGCAACAGACGUCCCAGACACUGACAAAGUCUUUAAGGUUUAGUUCUUUAUUUUAUGAGAAGGACUGCCUUACGGCUAGUCAGUCACACACUAGCACUCUCUCUGUUAUUCUACAGGGUAACCAUCGUUUUUUUUUUGGUUCUCAAUGGGUCCUCUGGUGGACACUAGUAAGUACCUGAAGAGGCCGUCCUUUGGAAAGUCCGAGUUCGCUCUUAUUUGUUUUACAGGUGGGCCCCAUGAUUAGUAUAAAGUAAACAAGAGUCAGCACUCUAAUUUUUGUGAGGCAGGGACGCAGUUCGUCCCUGACGCGCUGUUGUUGUUCAUGGACGGAUGUAUAGUAAACAAGAAUGCGAAGGAUCCGUUACGGCCAAGAACAUUUGUAGACUAUAGAUCCUUAAGUAAAUACAUAUCAUAGUGUAUGAAAUAUACGAUGGCCACGGGUCAAGCCAGGUGCCCAGCAAGGUUGCGGGGCAGGAAAAUGCUGGAGACCGCGGCCACAAACGGGCAAGCAGCCUAGGCUGCGCCCGACCAGGAUGGCUGGAUGAGCAGCAGCACGCCCGAACGCCCGGCGAGGGGAGUUCCUCGCAGCGAGCAAGCGCCCUGAGGCGAGGCUCUCAUGUGCGCGAAGGUGGCACCAGGAUGGAUGCUCACGCCCUCAGAGACAUGGUAAAAGAAAGUGAGAGUGACGGAACUAAUCCCAAACCAGUCGAAACACAAGGCCCCUAGGAAAGGCCUAAGGCAGUCCUCGUUCUCGGACCUUUGCCCAGAUUGGCUGCGGUGAAAAUUUAAACUCUUCACUAUUUUCUUGAGGAUCUGAAUGUGAAUACCGUGAAAAAUAGCGUACUCUAUCAUUAGCAGCCGCAUCGAUGUGGUAUAUUUCCACGGAAAGGCGACAGGUCUGGGCCUUUCUCAUAGCGGUGAACAUGUUUGUGUCAUCAUCUUCUUCGGUGCGUUCGGUUUCCCUCUGGCAGCGUGAUGGUGGGGCCCAAUCAAUCUGCUAUACUGUCUUACCAGUUUUGCCUUGUAUUGCCAGUCCUAUGCCGUAUUACUAGUAGAGUCCUAUAUUAUAAUUGCCAGUGCAGUGUAGUAAUAAGAGUUCAAGAGUGUUUAGCAGGUAAUAGCAUGGCUGAUAAGUGAACAGGCCAACGCCUAAACCACUAAGCCAAUCUGUGAAGGAAAGGGAGCGGCUGCUGCUUGAAAAAACGGCCGAUAAUAGGCCUCCCAAGGUGCUUAUAUUCGGUUCCUACACUGACCGAAUCAUACCCUCGAUUAAGGCAGCAUCCAUCUUUCAUUCAAUGAAGAGAGACUCUUUUGCUUCAGAGGGGAACAAAAAGCCAUCUUGUCUGUUGAAAGGCUCUACUCCGGACAAUGAAUGAGUCAGAUCCGACAUGACAUUACAUUGCAUCUCAGUUCUGCAAAGAAGAUGUGAAAAACUCUCCGCUAGUAAUAGCAGCCUUUGGAAAUUUUGUGCUUAUUCGGAUGUAAGCUCUAAGCCUGCAGCUAACCCUAAAGCUAAAUCUGGAGGCUCGAACUGGGUGCUGCGACUCUCUGCCGGCGAUGAUAAGGAAAAAAGGGAUGAGGAAAAAAAGUUAAGGCUUCUCAAGUACAUUCCUCCUCACUGCUGCAACAAAAAGCUGUUUGAAGGCCUACACCUAGAAUAAUCAAAAGAUAAUUAAGAUGUUUGCUGCCUUAUCUUCUAAAAAGAAAAAGAAAGUGGUUUCUUCUAUCAUGACUUAAGGAUACAGUUCAAGUUCUUUUUGCUUUGGUGGUGUUCUACCAAUAAAUAUCUCUGAUUAAUUAUCAUUGAUUUUAACAUCAUCAGUGUUUCGUUCCCACUACUUGGGUUUUGUGUCUUUCCUAGCUAGAGACCUUUCCUAGGAUGUGUGGAGACCUUUCCUAGGAUGUCGCGGGAAACCUUUCCUAGGAUGUGCUUUAGAGACCUUUCCUAGGAUAUCAAUAUCAGCGAUUGACUCACAAGAUUCUCAAAUGAGUGUUAAUAUUUUCAGGGACUCAUGGUUGACGAGAUUUUUCUACACAGAUUCUUCAGACGGAAACUACGACUAAGUUGAGGAAGUACUGCAGCACAUGGAAGAACGUCUAGAGUAAAAAAGUGUCGUGGUAGUACUAGAGGGCAGAGCAAGAGCCUCUGUACGUGAUCCCCUCAUAUCCAUCUUUUUUCCAUGCGAACGUGAUCCAAGUCUACCAAUUUUUGACUUUUCAGGUUCGAUCUUGUCAGGCUGUAGCUCUAAAGAUGGCGAUGCUAAAACCAGAGGCAUACGUUCCUGGUGGAGGACAAGUCUUUCCACCCCUUGCAGAGUCGUGCUGUCAGCCUUAUGAAGACACUGCUUUUGCCAUCCGAUUCGGUAGGUUAGUAGAGUUAGUAGCAGCAGCGAGUGGUAGUGUGUGAUACGAAGUACUCUCAGAGAUGAGUCUAUGUUGAUUUUUUCACCUGUCUUUUUCCCGCUACUCGAUCUGGAGGGGCUCCUCUACCGGAGCUUCUAUUAUAGGUCGAAGCUAAUACUAGUGAUGUUAAAAUAAAUUAUCCUACUAGUGGACCUGCUAAGUAGAACUAUGUUGCAAAAAAGAUUAAAGUUGUAAGAAGUGUAGUAGCGCCUAGUGCAACUGUUAACCAGACGAUCACAUCACUGCUUCAACUUUAUCAGAGUAGAAGCUAGUCUCACAGAGUAAAAGACACUCUCGGAGUUUAUCAGAGUAGAAGGCAGUGUUGACAGUUGCAGAGUCCUCUGUUACCUCUACUUGUUAUAAGACUCCUCCUAUGGGCAGGACUUUAUUAGGGUCACUGACACUCUCCUAGGGACCUCCACAGACAGUAGAAGUCAGUUUCUCCUAUGGAUCUCCACACCAGACAAGUUCUAAUGCCGUGCGUCGGAACCGGUCGCAAAGGCGCAGCCGGCCCCGCAGGCGCCGGCUCCCAAAAUGCAACAAGCGGCAGCGGCACACGAAUCCAACAAGGAGGAGAAGGACAAUUAAGGCCCAAUGCAAUCCAUUUCUAAACAAAGGCCAUGUCUCCCUACUUUCUUAGGACUGGGAGAAAUGUAGGCAAAAAAAGAACUGUUUUGAGCUCUAAGAGAAGAAGAAGGAGGAAGGGAAAUUGCAGACCAAGAAAACCGCCGCGGACAUGCCUUAAGGCCCAAUGUAAUAGAUAUCUAGAAGCCAUUUCUUUCUAUUUCCUCUUUAGCUUAGGAUCAUUCUGAAGAGAUGAGAAGAAGAAGAAACGAACUGUUUUGAGCUCUAAGUAGAGAAGGAGGAGGGGUCGAAGGAUGACGACCGUCCGAAGAAGCCUGUAGCGAAGGCGGAGCCGAAACCCGCCGGGAAAAAGCAUUAAGGCUCAAUGCAAUAGACAUAUUUCUAGAAGGUGUUUUUUUUUCUCUUUCCCUCUACCUUAGCGUAGGAUCAUUCUGAAGAGUGAGGAGAACAAGAAACGAACUGUUUUGAGCUCUAAGAGAAGAACAAGGGCAGGCCGAAGGAUGAUGGACCUGCUCGGAAGGAGAAGAAGGAGGAACAAGCAGCGGGAGAAAAUGAUGCUACACCUGAACCUCCGAAAGCCGGUCCAAUAAUUAAGGAAAGGCCAUAGUCGUGAGAGUAACUAUAGUUAUUGCUAGACUCAUGCCCGUAACUUCUCGGCACUUAUCUCACGCUCACCAGUCAUUUAGUUUCAGUCGUUUAGUCAGCCAAGAAGGUUCUAGUACUAAUUUACUGCUUCAAGAAAAAGGGACUUCUGGAAGAGAAGCCUCUAGUACUGUGAUAUUAUUAUUUGAAGAAAAAGUAAGAGAAGACUAACUGUAUGUAUUUUUCUUAUACGUGGGUGCGUCGGCGGUGCUCGAUGUGCAGUAAUCUAAGCCAAAAAUUGUUGCAUUUUCUUUUUCAUAGUUGAGUAGUAGUUCUUCCUCUACAGCAUCUAAUAGAAGCUAUCGUGGUCUGCGUGGGGCUCGGGGUAAGCGUGCGCCCGAGCGAAGGAGGACUGAUGUCUCGAUAGUGCCCAGUGAUUCUGACGAGACUGUUAUGCUGUUUGCUGAGUAAGUAUAGUAGAAGUUCAAAGUUAUAGAAUUUGAUAGAAUACAGAAUAAUAGUAUUAGUAUAAUAGAAUAUUAAUCGUGCAAAGCUUUAUUUGAAAACUCAGACUCACUCCAUGGUUUGAAAUUUUGAUGUUUGUUUUCCUUGACCUUAGAAGGACUUCUCCAUGAUAUUUUGAUGCUUGUUUUUCUUUUUUUAACAAUUUGAGGCACAGCUCGGUCUAGUAAAGUCACUUAUAACAAUUUAAUGGGCAUUCAAAAGCUUGCUUUUUUAAUGCGGUUUAUUUCCGCCGCGGCAAUGUGACUUGGGCCUUGUCGUUGUGUCGUUUCGUAUUUGUUCGCCUGCUUCAUCGAAUGGGCGGGUGAGUGCAAGGGCCCAGUUGUAAGCUUCCACUUUUGCCUGUUGGCUUGUGUUGUGGUUCUGUGUUAAAGUUGACCUAGAAACUGAACACUUGAAACUUGAAAUUUAGAGUUUUCUAUUUUUCUUGGUCGAUGGUCUCGUGGGGAUUAUAUUUCUGUGGUGCGUCGCCGUCGCGCUUUGGCGCCUUUGUUCCUCCGUCUUUCAUCUGUCGGCGCGCGGCCGCUUUGCCGAGCCCGGCGCUUUGCGGACGCUGCGUUCUAAUUGAUUUCGCGGCGUAGUGAUUUGUUCUCGCUUGGUUCCGUUCGCUCGCGCGCCCCACUGGAUCACCAGGCAUCAGGAAUUUGGUCUACCCUUUGUCUCCUCCACCUAUCUUAAUUUGUAGCACAAGAAAUAAACCAGCUCAGGCACGGCUCGGCCUAGUAAGGUAUAUCCUUUUUUGGCAUCUUCAUAGUCGUGAGUGCUCCUAUCUUAUCCCAUCCUAUCCUAGUGCCAGUGAUUGCGCCUUGUAUAUCUGUGUUGUGAAGAAAGAAGAUCCGAACCGACUAACACCGUCAGUAGUGGGCCAUAAACAGCGCAUAUUUAUUGGGGCCAUUAAUCCUUCUGGCACUUAUCUCACGCUUAACCCGUUAUUGGGGACAUUCAAGAUCCUUGCUUUCCUCUAUAUACAAACUGGAGACUUAACCCCCGGGGAUCCUAAACCUACUGGUGAGCUAUACUUUUUAGUGCUGUGGCAGCACAGUAGGCUGGCUCGGCAGACCCAGGUCUUUGCCGGCGCCGGUCGUUGCACCUACGGCCCAUAAGUUUGCCACGGAGCGUGGCGGGAGGCCUUUACCUCCCCAGAGAGAGUUGCUCACCAUCGUCCGGGUGUCGUUACCCCUCUCGCGGCUCGGCCGGUGUUCGUGCACCGUCGCCCUACGAGUCAAUCAACCGGCACCCGCGAAGUUCCGGGUGCUCGCUCUUCGCGUCGGACGCUUUGGUCCGGGGUGCUUUGGCCCGGGUGCGCGGCUAAUCCCUCGGUAGUAGCAGGCGUUGUCCCCCCGCUGGGGGACAAGGUCACUUUGAACCUCCAGCCCGCGCUGUCGGCCUACUACCGGGGCUUGAGCUCCCGCUCAGCCUCUGGUCUCGGUUUGACUCGUGCCAGCGGUGAAUGGACCGCUCCGAGCCCUUAUCUUUUCCUCACCGGCACCUUCCUCCGGAGACCCCGACCAGGCUCCGGCUUCCUGGUGCGGACUUGAGUCGGCGGUCUGAGACUCGCAUCCGCCGUCGAGGGGUUACGGGGACGUGUGCCGGCCUUUGCACAGGUUUGCGUCAGGACCUCCCGCCGGCCAGCACCCGCGUCGGUGGUGUGCCGGGGCGGCUGCCGACCUCCACCGCGCUUAUCACUCCUGUGGGGGGGACGAACUCCCGGAGCGACAGCGACAGCAGGGGCCGGCAGGCGUUCACAUAGUUCAGCCAGCUAUAGUCGGGCACCAGUGGACUGCUGAACCGGCUGCAGCUGUGGGAUGGUGUUGAUGAACAGUCUGUGCUUGCCGUGUCUGGUCAUGUAGUCUGCCAGGUUCCAUUCGGAUUUUAUGUAGGCGUGCCACGGUUUGGCAUUGUUGUCGUGCCAGGGAUUGGCUACGUCUACCGCGGUGUUUGCCACCACCGCGGAUUUCCCACUGCAUUUGAUGAAGUUGUAAAGUGCUGGCGUGUUGUCGAUCAGCACUACGAGGUCGGAGUUGCUGGUCCAACUCGGUAGUUGCUUCGCGGCGAGGCUUACCGCGGCCGCCUCCAGUACCUCUAUCCUGGCGGUGGCCCGUCGACCAUCUGUCAAUGGCUGCACUUGGAUGAGGGUCUUUCCGCUGUGGUGGAUCAUGACGUAUCCGAGCGUCGGUUCGCCGUUUGGCCCGCCAUCUGUUGACGCGUCCGUGAACAGGAAGCUCAGGGGCUUCGCGAUUUGUUCUAGCCUGAGUUUGAGCCUGUUCACCUUGUGGGCCAUCUUCUCGAUGGCCGCGGUGGAGCGCAGGAGGGCUCUCCGUUGCCACCGCUGUUUCGCCAACUUGUCAAAGGUGGCGUCUUCUGUCCAUGCGUAAAGAGACCUCGUGAUCUCGUUCCCGGCUCUGUUCGCCGCGGACACGGUGAUGAAGUUUGCCAGUCCUAGCAGUCGUUGGACUAUCUUUUUGCCCAACUGUCCUGCGUUUACUUUUUGCCGGAGCUGGUUUGCGACUUCCGCGACUUGCUGGAGCAUGUUGUCUGGUGCCACAACAUCAAUGCCCGUUUUUGGGCUUGUGUCGUAGUGGAGGCCCAGUAUGCGCACAGUAGGGCUCUUUCUAGAGUCCUGCUGUGCUGCGGCUUUUGUCGCGAGCUCCAGCCCCAGGCAGUCGCAGAGGGCUUCGUAUGCCUCUAUCGCCUCAUCCGCUCCUUCUUCGAGGCUGAGGAUGAUGGCGUCGUCGAUGUAGAUUGGCACUACUGUGUGCCCGAGCGUGGCCAUUAUUUUCAUGACCAGCUCCGCCACUCUACACCAUCUGCUGACGCUGAAUUUGUUCCCCAUGUUCAGUAUCGCCGCGAGGAACAUGCGGUAGCGCCCCUGGGUGUCGUCCCAGACUCCAGCCGGAUUUUCCUCUGGGUGUUUUGCCCCUACCUGGUAGUAGGCCUUGCUCCAGUCUCGGAGUGCGAUGCAAGGCUUUCUACCUGCCGGGCGGGUUUUCAUCCUCUCCUCGUUGAGGAGCCUCACCUGCUCGCCGAGUUGGCGGUGCUCGCCGGUGGUCGUGGCUUCGCUUGCGCUUGUUUUUGCGCGGAAGUCUGCGACCUCUUUAGCCACCUGGCCGCAGAUGUCCGUGGUGAACUGUGUCGCCGGCGCGUGGAGGGUGAGGCCCUCGGCGCCUGCGGGCGCCGUGUAGCUUUUUAUAAUCUCCAGGACCGUUCGCGUCCCGUGGGGCCUCACCUUUUCUGACAUUUUUGAGAAGUCGUUUUUCCGCCGCUCGUCGAUUAUCGCGCGGACCUUCUCUGGUUCGACCUUUGGGAAGGCGUGCGCCGGCGUGACCUUGGGGUCCUCUGGGUUGAUCUCUUUGUAUCUGCCCAGCUGGGCGUCUGCCUCAAUGUUUUUGAGGACUUGCCGGAGGGCUUCCUCUGGGAAACCCUUCGGGGGCGCAUCGCGGAUUUUUACCGCGGUGCUAUAGAACUCUUUGAGGUCCUUUGCCUCCGCGGCAUUGGCGUCUGCCUUCCAAAGGCCAGCGCUCUUGUGCUCCCCUAUUGUUUGGAAUCCAUGGAGGAUGUCGCCCGGUAGCGACGUGUCCGGGUGGCCCGUCAAUGCGAUGAGUUUUCUCAUUGCGAUGGCGUUCCUUGUUUUGGUUGUCUGUAGCACCCUUUUUAGGUGCUCUGGCGCCGUAGCGUUUAUUUGGUCUGCAUUUGCCUGCUCCGUCUGCGUUUUCAGACGUCUGAACAAGGCGGUGGCUUGUUUCCUUCGCUUGGCUACCGCUGCCGGCUGUAGCUUCUCGGCAGCUAUCAGUUGUCCCCACUCGAGUGGUAGCUUUUGGCCGUAGGUCUCGAAGUGUAGUUGUGCUCGGACCCGAUUGACGAAGUUGCAGACCGCGUCAUGGAGCUCGCGGCAGUCUUUGCCGUGCUCCGUUUCUGCUUGGCUGACGUGUAGUGGCGUAGCAGUCGCCAUUUUUUGUGACUAGGCUUGGUUGGCCCCUGGGAGGAUUUUUUGUCGACUGUCGUCCAGGAACCUUCCAGAGAGCGUGUCUUUUCUCUCACCUAAGUUAACUCACCAGUUAGUAUAAUCACUUCCCCCGCAAGCUCCUCCAGUGCAUAUACAAACUGGAGACUUAACCCCCGGGGAUCCUAAGUCUACUGGUGAGCUAUACUUUUUAGUGCUGUGGCAGCACAGUAGGCUGGCUCGGCAGACCCAGGUCUUUGCCGGCGCCGGUCGUUGCACCUACGGCCCAUAAGUUUGCCACGAAGCGUGGCGGGAGGCCUUUACCUCCCCAGAGAGAGUUGCGCACCAGCGUCCGGCUGUCGUAACCCCUCUCGCGGCUCGGCCGGUGUUCGUGCACCGUCGCCCUACGAGUCAAUCAACCGGCACCCGCGAAGUUCCGGGUGCUCGCUCUUCGCGUCGGACGCUUUGGUCCGGGGCGCUUUGGCCCGGGUGCGCGGCUAAUCCCUCGGCAGUAGCAGGCGUUGUCCCCCCGCUGGGGGACGCGGUCACUUUGAACCUCCAGCCCUUUGGGCCAUCCUUUCUCGACGCCUCCUUGGUGCGCCUUCCAUCCUUUUCCCGACGACUGGAGGUUCAGAGCCGCCAGGUGCGUGCGUUUUUUGUGCCCGGUACUGCUUUGAGUGCCCCUGAGCCGCUGCUACUGGCGCUCUUUGGCGCUAGGGCCGUCACCUUUUUGGUAACGGUAUUCUGUUGAGUCCGCCCUUUCUUCUGUAGCUGCUGCUUGGGGGUGAUCUUGAUCGUCCGCUUGACCAAGGUGUCCUCUUGGACCGCCUUGGGCUGCACGAAAACGCGCGGGGGUGGGCCCCCCCCGAGGGCCACCGCCUGCGCAGUCCGUGCAGCGGGAUGAAUUCCGAUGCCUCCCACGUUUUGUGGUCGGCUGUGUACUCGUCCCGCAUUUUGCUGGACUGUUCCCAGCCCAUGUGGGUGAGGAAUUCAUCCUCCUUCACGGAGAUGUUCCCUUGCUCCCACUCGCGUCGCGUUGCCAGUGCGAGUCCCCUCCUGCAGCUGUGCAGCGUGCCGCUGAUUCCCUUCGCCAAGCUAGGGAGUAUCAGGCAGUGCUAUUAGUCUUCGGGCUGUAGCUGUUGGCAAAAAAUAUGGAUAGGCACUACUGCUGAGUAUCAGGCAGUCCUGAGAAGCCCUAGGUCAUAGUAAGCAUCUGACUCCCUCCGGGUGGACGGGGUGCGACCUUUGGUCUUGUUUGGUUCGCUUUGGUGUCACUGUUUCUGGGCCCAUAUGUUUGCCUUCUUGACUGUAGUGGUGGUUCGACUAUGUUUCUCCCUUCGCCAAGCUACUUAUCCUGGCCUUGCCUAAUGGGAAAUCAGAUCUCAUAUCAGCGCCUUCGCCGUGCAUCGGGCAAAAGCGACUUCGUGCACCAACUGUUUUUGCGUUGGUGUCGCAGUUGCAGUGGGUUUCUAUUAUCCUGCCGCGUUGUUUGCGGAUUUUGUCCUCGGAUAUGUGGAUGCGCCACGCGUCUCCUUUUUUGGAGAUGUCCGUGUCGUCCACAGCCGCGAUGCUGUCGCCCCGCAAUCCCGAUAGCGCCCAAAGGAGGGCCGUUCUUUGGUCUUUUGCCUUUAGCGCCUCGAGCUUCGUGCCCGGUAGGAAAGGCUUUGCUUUCCUCGGGUUGUGGUCUUGGAUUGUUCGUUCAAUUGCCUUUUCCACGUCCCCGAUGUUUCGAGUGUUGGCGAGGGGUCCUUACCUCUAAGGCCGUGUGGGAAGUGUUUUGUCUUCUAUGAGUGUGCCUUUCCUUGAGACUUCCUCGGUGUCUGCUACUAGUGAACGAAAACCCCUGCACAAGAAGAACUGGUAGUAAUGGCGUUUUUGGCUGAGGGCGGGUGGCAGUGGAGGCUGUCGCGGCUACUUAGCGGGGCUUUAAAAAGGGUGGCAUUCUUGAAGCUAAGUAGCUGCGCCUGUUAGUGUAAAAAAGUUAAGUGAGUUUGGUGAGUGUGUGCUGCUAGCGCGAUUGUGCCUCUUGGCGUGGUUGCUGCUUUUGGUGGUUGGUAGGCUUGCGCUGGUGGAAGGUGUUGGGCGCGGCUUGUGCUGCUGCUUUUCGCGUCUUGGGUUAUGUCACUACUGCUGAGUAUCAGGCAGUGCCUUGGCCUUUCGGUUAGGGUUUCCUCUUCUCUUAUAGCGAAAGUUUUGGCCUCACUACUGCUGAGCAUCAGGCAGUGUCUUGAUCUUCGGGUCUUGGCUCUUCUUCCUAUAGCGACAGAAGGUCGGUCACUACUGCUGAGUAACAGGCAGUGUCGUGAUCUUCGGGUCUUGGCUGUUGGCGUGAAAGGUUAGGCACUACUGCUGAGUAUCAGGCAGUUCCCCUGAGGCCCGAUGUCAUAGUAAGCAUCUGACUCCCUACGGGUGGACGGGAUGCGACAUUUGGUCUCGUAGGUUUCGCUUUGGUCGCACGGCUUCGGUAGUGCCCUAUAGUCUGACCUCUUGACUGCAGUGGUGGAAGAGCAAGUUUUUGCCGAUGUUUCGGAGGAUGGCGGGGCUUUCGACUAGCCGCCGCAGGCCAUCCGCGGGUGGCGGUUCUACCAGCCGCAUGAUGAUGCUGGGUGUGUACUGCGCGACUGAGGUGUAUCCAUUGAACACUAGGGAGGCGGCGAAUCUUUGCACCGCCUCCGGCCUCACGGGUAGCUUUUCACCCUUGACCGCUAGCCAGUCGAGGAAGAAGGCGACUCGCGACUUUUUGUUUCUAGUCGUGGAGUCGGCUUCUCCCAUGGCGCGCAGCUCAUCGUCGUUUAGAUCGGCGGCUUUGCGCAGUGCGUCAUCCCGUUUCGGCAUUUAUUUUAUGUUAUUUUUUUAAUAAAUUAUCUCUCGCUGUUGUUCCUUCUAGCGUUCUUUUUGUCUAGUUAGUUUGUUCAGUUCUCUCGUCUUUACUUACUUCUUUAUCUAGGCUGGUUCGUGCGGCUGCUUAGGCGAACCUCCGCCAUGGUUCUUGGCCUCCUGCCGUAUCUCAUGAAGUGGUCUCCCCAGCGCUAGACUUUUUUACUUACUCGUAACUUCUUCCCUCUCUGUUUUCCCUCUCUUUAGCUUGACGAGAUGUAGCUCGUCGCUCCCUCGAACACUGCGCCGCCGCCGCCGCGUUUUCCCUUUCGGCCACCAGUCGUCACUGGUGGCUUGAUUUGUUUCCUCCCUCUCAGCUAGAGCGCUUUUUACUCUGUCAAAAAGGAAGAAGUUAUUGCUCCGCCACUAAAUGAGUAAUGGUCUGGUGCCCCUGGUAAUUUGACCAGAGGACUUGCGGCGAAUGCUUUUGCAUUCUGUUUUUCGAGGAUUUGUUGUCCUCGAGGCCGGUAGCCUUUUUCUUCCAGCUAGUCGCGUUCUAGCUUGUGUGUGGCUCCUUCCACCACACCGCGCGGGAGCGUUUGCUCCCAGCGUGCUCCCCCACGUCUUUCCCCAGGAGGAUUUUUCCCUCCACCACUAUCGACUUAUCGGCGUCGAUCGCGUGGGCGGCUGUUUUUGCGCUCGUUCGACCGCUUCGAUUUGUUACGGCCACGAUUGUCUUUUUCGCGACUAUCGUUGCGAUGCCGUUGUCCCAGCGGAAUCGCGUUUGCGUCGCUUCGCUGGGGUCCUUUCGGUUGGCGGCGUGAUCGGCCGUUUUUGGCCUUCAUCGCCUUCAUCGGCUGGACUUUCGGUUUUACGAAGUCUUUCGGGUGGCGGAUUGCUUCUUUGUCCUUCGCUGCCGCUCGUUUUGCCGCUGUGCCGGUUGGCUGCUGGUUAAUGUUUCGUCCUGCCAGCCGGGCCGAGAAGAGGACUUCAGCCAGCUCUUUUUGCGAGCGGAUCACUUCUGCCCACGUUCUCUUGGCGAUAGUGAUGUCUGGGGGAGGACGGUUGCGGUCGAUAAGGUGGCGGUGUGUGCAUUCCAGGCGUUGAGCGUCGUUGCGACAGCCUGACUGCACCGCGUGCGCUUUGUGCGCGUGGAACCAGUGGCAUACCGCCGGCGGAAGCAUGAGUCCCAUAUUUUUCAGGGACUUCAACGCGGACGGCUCCACUAUAAGCCGGCUUGAGGGAAGUGCGCGUAGUAUGUGGUGCGUGUUCCUCCCUUCGCGUUUCGGCGCUCGGCUAGUACCACGUCGACACGUUUGUCGAGGCGGCGGUUGUGGACUGGGUCCAUGGCCGGGCAGAAGUCUGUUUUUUCCAGAUCCAAACCCUCCAACCAAGUGUCGCUCGGCAUGGUUGUUCCCGUGUCGUCGUCCCCGCCGCUGUCGGCGUCGCUGCCGAACGGGUUUUGCGGGCCUUCGCUCGCCGAUCGCUCUCGCGAUUCGCUUCGGCGGCGGCUGUGGCUACGAGAGCGCAGUGUGACUGUCACACGUUCGCCUCUCGGCUUGCCUAAGCUCGCCUCCGCGUCUCGCAUGGAGAACAUUUCAUUUUUGAUUUCCUCCAUGUUCUCCUUGAAGAACGCUCUCUGGACGGGCGGUUUGAUUUUUCCCCCGUCCUCCUCGUCAGUGUAGCGCGCCUCGUCGAUGAGGUGGAGACCGAAGUGGUUGUACCAGGCCAGCAGGUUGAGCAUGUAUCUGCUCACCAGCCCGGUCUCCCAGCGCUUCAUCUUCUGCUGGAGCGCGUCGAGGCUGCGGGAGCCUUCCUUCAUGAAUCCCAAGAAUACCAUCAUUUUUUUGAUGGCGAUUUCUGGGAAGUUCUCGUUGAACUCGGUCAUGAAGUCGAAGGGCUGCAGGUCGGUGGCGCCGUUGAUGGCGCUCUCCACGCGGCGCAGCGUCUCCCAGCACUGGUCCAGGUUGCAUCUGUCCCAGUAGUCAGCCGGGACGCUGGCGACGACCUGUUUCCGGGCCAAGUUCUGGAACGCACUGUUUGUGCGCUGCAGGUUGUCUCCGUUGAAGCCUGCGAUGGCGCAGUUUGAGGCCUUGGGUUGGUUUUUCCCCACCUGGGCUUCGCCCCAGAUGCCUGCGGCCGCGUACGCUCCGAAGAGCAGCGCCAGCGCCUUUUGGUUGAGGCGUUGGCCUGCCGUCGUAUUCAGGACGCUGCUUUCGUCCACGUCGAAGACGGAGCGGAGGCCGUGCUUUUCCACGUGUUUUAAUAACGCGGCAAGCACGUGGCUCGCCUGCUUCGAGGCUUUUUCUCCGUUCGUGAGGAAGCAGUUUUUAUACUGCUCCUGUGCGUCUGCGACUUCUUCGCCUGGGGUUAAGACGGAAGGCCAGACGACUUUCACCUCUGUUCUCUUCUCGACGGCGUUUACGCGUCGGUAGACGAAGGAUUUUCCUCCUUCGCUAGCCGGGCGCGUGUCGUCAUAGGAGAGGACUUUGUCCUCUCCGCUGCUGUUCAAAGCCGUUGCGAUGGCCUUCGCGGUCUUCUUCGCGAACGUUUUGAACAGGGCCGCCGUCUCCGGCGGCUCCUCUGAGGACUCUUCGCUUUUGUCGGCGAAGUCUACGGAGUCCUCCUCCUCUUUCUUUUUGGCUUCGAGCUCCGCCUUGCGCUGCUUCUCCUCUUCUUCGAGGAGCUUUCGGCCCUCCUCCUCGUGCGCCUUGCGGACCGACGUCCACGGUGUCUUGGCCGGCUUCGCGUCCCAGUCGUUGAGCACCUCUUUGUUGGUGCGCUCGAUCAGGUAGCGGACGAUCACCUCCUUUUUGGCGGUCUGCGCCGGCACUUCCGCCAGGUUCAGCUGCGGGCUGUCCUCCCGGAACUUUCGUUUUUCGGCGAGCUUCGCGCCGGCUUCAAAAGUCUCUUUUUUAAUCAGAGACUUCGAGGCCCAGGGUUCCGCCGUUAGUUCCUCGUGGUAUGCGCCCAACCACAAGUGGAACCGCAUCAAGGUGGUGCCCUGUUCGGUUAGGGUAGGUUCCACCUUCCCCCACGAAGCGCGGGCCCUCCAGGUCUUUCUUGACCGUGUCGAUGAAUUCCGUUUCCGGAAGUUCACCGACCAUCUGUCGGAGUGCUGCAAUCCAGUCCUGGACGUUUGCGCAGAAGAUGAGUCUAUCCUCAUACUGCGUCUUCUCCUCCAGCUGCUUUUGCAGCGCCUCCAUGGCCUCCGCCAUGGAGGGGUGAAACAGUGAUCCGUCGAUCAGUUUCAGAAGGGCUUUGCCCUUCUCGUCGACGUCCUCGCUCCCCACAGGAUUUUUGCCUGUGUGGAUGACGAGGUCUCCGACGCUUUUCAGGGAGGUCAUUUUGUUUUUUGUUUUGCUGAAAACCAGAGUGCGGGGGCACUGCUAGUCACUAGUUUCUAGAUUGCGACUAUACGCGCACAGAAAGUCCCUGGAUUUUUGGGAAAAAGAAAGACUUUUGACCUGCCCAAGCUAGAUUUCAGCUUGAGGCUACGAAAAUGUGCUGCCACAAGCGCCAAACCCCCGCGGCGAUUUUUGCCCCGCGAGGGGAUGGCGCGCCGCGCGCGCGGCGGAACUCGAUUUUUACGAGCUCCCCAGCACCCCCCACUGGGCGCCACGCGCAUGCCCACCGCACCGCCGGAGGGCGCGUUGGCCCUCCCGCGGCCUACGCACGAGCGCUUUGGCCCGCGCGCCGGCAGCCCGCUCCGCUCCGCUCUGCUCCGCUCUGCAUGUGAACUCCGCCCCGUGGGUGUAGCAUUAACGCUCUCACCCGACCGCGCCCGAGCCUCCCGUGGAGGCGCGAACCGAGGUUCGCCUUCGCCGAGAUGCGCCAUUGCAUCGACCAGCGGCGUCGCGCGUGAGUGCAUUUUUUGCACCGCACACGACGGGGCUCGCGGGGCCCGUUGCCCCCAACCCUCUCCCUAGUUGGUCCCUCAGCCGACAUUUUUUGUCGACUGUCGUCCAGGAACCUUCCAGAGAGCGUAUCUUUUCUCUCACCUAAGUUAACCCACCAGUUAGUAUAAUCACUUCCCCCGCAAGCUCCUCCAGUGCAUAUAUAAGGUUCUACUAACUUGGCAAAAUAGAACAAUGUCGCUAGCAGAAUAGAAAACACAACACUAAGGGAACCGAACACAACAGCGGAUAUCCUACCCUAUACACUUUUGAUGUAGUUUUAAUCGUAGUGCUUCUAGUAGAAGCGGCUCCUCCUUCGCUUCUAAUUUCGGGUACUACGGGUGCUGUAAAGUGGAGUAACUCGUGUUGCUUCUCGUGUUGUGGUGGUGGUGGUGGUGGAUGGAGCCGAUCAGGAUGAUCACGCUGUAGUGCUGGAGGAGGGCAGUCAGGAUGAUGAUGAUGAUGAUGAUGAUGAUGAUGAUGAUGGAAUGCCGGAGUGGUGGAGGACUGGGCGGCAUCACC